GCUUACGUUAUAUCACAAUUUUGAUUAGAGCAUAUAUUACUGCGCAUGGACCAGAAACAUUACGGUACAUCAGCAAAAUUAAGCGAACUAGUAGAGACUUUUUAUAAAUUUGAUCCUCGAUAUACCGGAACUCUAAAGAAGAAGGAUAUUUUGCCUGCCCUGCAGAAUCUAGGCUGUAAAAUAAGUGAUGAGGAACUUUCAGAGGCAUUCAAAGCAGCUGAUAUGCUUAACUCCGAUUCCGAAAUAUCACUUAACGACUUUAAACGAAUAUACCAAGAAGUCUGUAAACAUGAUCCCCGUCGCAGUACUAUCGAAAAGGUUGCUUCAAAACAAACUGUUUAUCAAUACGGUGGGGCUUGUGCUGGCGUAAAUGAUGACACUAUACACAGCGUUAGUGAGGAGGAACAAGUUGCAUUCUCCAGCUGGAUAGAAAGAAACCUAAAGGAUGACCCUAGCUGCUCAGCAUACUUUCCAUUUGAGGAAGAGGGUGGUGAUAUUUAUCAAAAAUGCAGGGACGGCAUUCUUUUAUGCAAGAUCAUCAAUUGCUCAGUUCCUGCCACAAUUGACCCGCGGGCAUUGAAUCUUUGCAAAAACCCAACCACUUUUCAAAUGCAUGAAAAUAUAACUUUGGCUCUCAAUAGUGCUCGUGCGAUUGGUUGCAACGUUGUCAAUAUUGGAGCAAGUGACAUUUUGGAUGGUACAAAACACCUGCUCCUGGGAUUACUAUGGCAAAUUAUUAAAAUUGGAUUGUUGAAGCAGAUCAACGUAGUCGCUCAUGCUGAACUUGCCACCUUACUUGAAGGGGAUGAGACAAUUUCUGAGUUUGCAAGGCUAUCACCAGAAGAUAUCCUAAUAAGAUGGGUUAAUUAUCAUCUCAAGGGGACAGAAAGUGGUACCAGAAUGCACAACUUCACAGCCGAUGUUCGCAACUGUGAAGUCUAUGCCUACCUGGUUGAACAGAUCGCUCCGAAAGAGAAGAGGCCGUUCAUGCAUUCCACCAAGGCGAUUCUAGACGCAGUGGAUCUGGUGCAGCGUGCCGAAAUGGUUCUCCAAAAUGCCGAGCAACUGGACUGUCGAGUUUUCGUCCGGCCACAGGAUAUUGUUAGCGGAUCUCAAAGAUUGAACCUGGCUUUCUUAGCCAACUUAUUUCAUGGGUACCCCGCACUCGAGAAACCACCUGAUGUGGAGGAGAAAGUUGCAGAGAUUGAGGAAACUCGUGAGGAGAAAACAUAUCGAAACUGGAUAAACUCCAUGGGUAUAGUUCCGGCAGUAAAUUACCUCUUCAGUGACCUUACCGAUGGACUCACGUUGUUGAAACUGUUUGAUCUAGUGAAGAAACGCAGUGUAGACUGGUCGCGAGUGAACUCCGAUUUAUGCAAGGCUACAGCCAAAAUCAACUUUCAAUGUUUGGAAAAUUGUAAUUAUGCUGUAAACCUGGGUCGUCAGUUCGGUUUCAGUCUUGUUGGACUCGGUGGUGAGGACAUACAGCAAGGGAAAAGGACGAUGACCCUUGCAUUGCUAUGGCAACUCAUGAGGGCCUACACUCUGUCGGUUUUGACGAGGCUAACGGAAGCUAUACCAAUACUGCAUGAUCGGCAGCAAACAGCGGGCCGGUCCCCACCAAUCUCAGAGACGGAAAUCAUUCACUGGACAAAUGAAAAACUCCGUCAAUGUGGAAAGACGAGUAGAAUUUCCGAUGCUUUUGGAUUUGCCGAUCCAGCAUUAGCAACCGGACACACUGUAAUUGAUUUGAUUGAUGCCAUCCGCCCAGGGUCUGUCGAUUACAGUGCGGUAUUGCCUGGAAUGACAAGACAAGAGAGGUUGACCAACGCUCAAUACGCGAUCCCACUGGCCAGAAGAAUCGGGGCUACCGUGUAUGCAGUUCCAGAGGACAUCGUUGAACUUAAGCCCAAAAUGAUCAUGACGAUAUUUGCUUGCCUGAUGACUGCUGCUCUGGACGAUGUUUGCGGCGUUGGCACUCCAAAAAUGAAUGCUGAUAACUCGGGAGAAGUUUUGGAGGACCUAGAUUUGAACGGAAGUAAGCGAAGCCACUUACCGGCUGGCGACAGCUGGGCGGGUCAAGUGAUCGAUGGACCAAUCACAGGUAGGCCAGCAAGGAACACAUUUAGCACAAUGUGGUACCCUUCUUUGAAAGAGAUAGAAAGACCUGACUUAAACCGAGUUUACGUCAAAACAGUCUGCUUUACCCUGUCAAACACUAAAAGUGAAACGCAAACAGGAAAUUCAACGUUGUUUACUACGGGUGGGGGAGCAGGUGAUUGCACUGAGAAUCCCAUUUCUCACUGUGAAAACAAAGAGGAACAAUCGAUAUUGCACGAUAUGCAUUCGAAGAGAAGCGACACCCAUUCGCCUUUCGAUCUUGCUUGCAAAAGAAACGUAAACAUAGAGAAAUCAAGACUAACAGCUUCCAUAUCAGAUUGCUACAAGAAGAUGGACAAAGUUCCUGGACCAUGUCCAACGCCAUUCUCAGAAAAGCUAUCAAGGCCUGUACCUUCAAUAUUUGUUAUAGACGAAGAAACAACAGAGGAUGCUGACAUGCUUUGCUCGGUCGAUAGCAGCCGGACAAUGCGGAAGUUCGUACCAAAAAUAUCCUACGAUAACACAACAUCAAUAUGCACAUUAGAUUCCGAUAUCCCGCGCCACAUUACUGAGAUGGCAGGCGGGGAAAAUGUAAGCCAUCUCAACGUCGUAAGAGAAACUAUUGAAAGUGAAACCAGCCAUGUAUGCCGUAGGCGAGAGCACAAUACCAAUUGGUCACACGGAGGAGGUCGUCUGUUCAUCGCUACAAAGAGUAAAAAGUGACCAACACUUCCGAAACUGUGACUAUCAAGCAACACCUGAUUUCGCAAGCCCAGAAAUCUUGGCCAGAUUGUAAGGUUUUAUUAUUUGAACUUUUCUAUUGGAUAACGACAUCGAUAAAAAUAUAUUUCUCAUCUACGAU